CUGUAGAUGUUUUGACUGAAGACCUGGGAUGAAUUCUUCAUUUCUGUAGAAUAAUGUUUUUCCCUAACUGGCUUAAUAACAAUAUUAUUAUUUUUGUAAAACAAUUACUUAACUCUGACAGGUACUUAAAGUCCUACUCUGAGUUUUACCGUAUCCCAGUUUUCCCCAGGGAAUUUGCCAUUGUUAUGGACGCCGUUCCUAAAGAAGUUCUCCUGCACUUUAAAAGCCAUCUUCAUUCUGGGGAGGACAGGGCUGUACAUAUACAAUGUUCUGUUUCUGAAUCUGCUGUGGGUAAAAUUAGUUUCUCCUCUAAACCUUCCACUAGAAACAAGAAUAUAAGAUCCUUAUUUCAGAAGAACAUUGCUACUGCACCUUAUGUAUCCCACUACUGGACACAGUUUGUUUCUGAUAUCACAUGGAAAAUGGUUUGGACUCUUAUCUUCCAAAUACCUUGUUACCAACAAAGCUUCGUGAUGUGUGCUUCAAACUUAUCCACCGGUGCUACCCUGCAAAAUAAAAGACUUUGUUUAUUAUAUUCAGUCUCAUAUCCUCAAUAGUUUUUCAGUUUUAUGCAGAUGUACUUUUUGGUUUCUACAAUGUCCAUCCUACUGAUGAGAAUCAAUUUGAUCUAAUCUACUGUUAAUUCUAAUUAAAUUUAAUAUCCAUAAAUUAAAAUUUUCUGGCAAAAAGCCCCUAUUUAAUCUGUUCUUAUCUGAAUUACAACACUAUGCAGUAUCUAUGCAGGCCUCCACCGAUCCCAAAGCUGGACAGACUCUUGAAGCCCUCAAAUCCUUUAACUGUAUCCCCUGAAACACUGUCUUAUCUCUGACUGUGCUCCUCGUGUUACAUUUUCUGUCGUUUUUAUCCCCUGUAACCCCAGGCAUUUUUUCGUUUUCUCUCAUUCUAUCCACCUUAUUCCUGGGAGGCGUACUGGGGAAGCGAUUAUGGGUCUUACUUCCGGCACCUGCCGGAAGUAGCAGCCUUUCUUUGUAAUUUGUAGGGUUUUUUGCUAGUCUAUAUUCAUGAUAGAAGUUACAUCUCUCUUUUCGGUUAAGAUACAAUAUUUUGUAAAACUUUGUCUGAAAAAUUAAUGAGAAGUAAAUAUCUUUCUGGUGGACUGGUGCAAUAACCUCUAUUAUCUUGUUCUGACUCAAACAGCUCCAGCAGCCCUCGGAUGACCUUUGGUACGAGACACAGAACAGGGUUUGUGUUGAGCAAAGCUCAACGCCGAGGCAACAGGAAAUAAAAAGCAGCAACUCCAACACUUUUUUAAAAAAAAAAAUCCGAUCUGAGGCCCAGAAUACAUGACUCAAGAGUGUGCAAUGAUUUAUUAAGUGUAUCCUCCAUGUAUUUCUGUAAGACUUUUAGAAAAUGUUGUCCUUUCUCACCUCCUUUUUGCCGACUUCUUACCUCCUACCAGGAUGGCUGAUACUGGACACGAACCCUCUGAUUGGUUUACUUCAAGGACUGGUGGGGGCAUGUGGGAUUUCUGUGCUGUGCUCCCUCUUCAGGGUACAUCUAUUGAUAGAGGAGAGCUGGAAAGAAAAAAAUAAUGAAGGCACAUCAAGUGGGAGGUCAAGCAGUAAGCCAAUGAGAGCUAAACAUGGACUUUUUGGAAUGCUCCAGUUUCUCUUUGUGACUGGGAUACUGGCCAUUGUGGGGUCCCGUGUGGCAUCACUGGUGGUACUGGAAUUCUGCCUGCGAGCCGUCUCUGGCCUGCUUACAGCUGGACCGGAAACCAGGAAGUUUCUGCAGCAGCUGCUAGUGCAAAGCCAGUUCUCCUUGGGCUGUGCCAUCAGCUGCAGUUUGCACUUUCUCCACGAGGGGGCAUCCCAGCGCUGGCUGUGCCUUCUCCUGGCAGCAGCUCUCAGUUGGUAUCUGGCAAAAAAGGCAGCAGCCCUACUGCAUCAUGUCAUUGCUCUGUAUAAGCUGCACAGCUCCCAGCGCUACUGCGGUAUUUGCAUCAGCCUGCUCACAUCAGGCUGCUAUCUGCAGCCCAUGCUUUGCAGGACUAUGAUCAUUGCCUUUUUUGUGGCCGUGCUGGCAGCCGUAUCGAUCAUCAACCAACAGUUUCUCUCUGCAACCGAGGCCUUGAGGUUCUGGACACCGCUGACUAUCUGCUACACAUUGUUGGUGGUGUACAUGCAGGAAGAACAGCAUCGUCUGCCGAGCAGCCAGGCUGUCCUCAAUGCAGUUGUCGUGCGUCUCGGGGGUUUGAUGGUCCUGAUGCUUACUGUGGGAUGCUGGGCCGAUGUUUUCCACAUCCUAAUAUGUUUCCUCGGUGAGGCCAGCUGUCUCAUCCCAAACAUGGAUCUGCUGGAUGCAGCAUCCUCGCAGGACGAAGAGGAUUUUAUAAACUAUGCAAGAAGAGAUCGUCGACAAACAUCACAAACACACGCGAAGCAGCAUCCGAGAUAGCAUGGACUAUUCUGAAGAGGUCAUAAUAUGUAAACAUCAGAUUUUUGCAAUGUUUACUUAGACCUGUACUGUUAUUAUACUGCAAUUUGUCAUAAAAUUCCUCCCAUGUUAUUUAAUGCAGUUGCUCCGCAGAAGUGACAAUAGAUCACUACUAGCCCUACCUACUACACUUACAAUUUUUAUGAAUGAAGUCAGAAAUUUGACAUAAUACCUGAAAAUAUGGUUAAUUGGAAAAAAA